AUGUACAAUCAUGCAGCUUUUUCGCGUCGCUUACGACGGCUUAAACGUACCCGAGUAGCGGUGAGGUUUUGGUUGUCGAUGUUGCUAGGCCUUAUCGUUGGACGCACCGAUACUUCCUUUCGUGUGUAUUGCUCGCAUGGCGAUUUUGAUUUGAAAAUAUCUGAGUGUGACGCAGACUAUGAGAUUGGUAAAUGGAUAGGACUAGCACUUCGGGACGGUGAGGUUCUGGAUCAUGGCAUCGCCUUCUUGCCCGACCUUCCUCCAGUACGGGUUCGAAACGGAAUGGUAGAGGUCCUGACGGUCGGAACAAUUAUUUCUUGGAGCAACCGCAAAAUUUCUUUAUGUGACACUCCUGAUUUUGGCGCUAUUCCAAUUCUGGAUCAGUUACCGAACAAUGCUGAGAGGUCAUACCAAAACCAGAAAUUUCAGAUUUGGGCUCGUAGAUUGAACGAAGAAGAAUGUGAAUGUUUUGGUGGUCAUAAAUGGGGAGUGUCUCAAUUCGUCGAUGAUGCACCACCCCACAACGAUAAUGUUGAAAUUCCUUCGGAACCACAGGUCUACUGUGACGAUCGAGAUAUUGACGGGAAGACGGAUCACGAGGAAAACAUUCAUUUGCAAGGUCUCAUCACUAGUUCUCCCGUCAGUCAAUAUGGUGAUAAUCCAACAGCAUACAUCUGGAGUCGACUAGGACGUAAUGGUCUAGAAGGCCUGCUCCACUAUAGUUCUGAUCCACGAGAGUUAUCAGAUUUCAAUGUGGGACAAUGGAUUGAUUUCUGGCUAGACCCGGAUUAUGUCCAGAGCAUUUUUGAUCGUGGAACACGAACAAUCGAUAUUUGCACAUUGCAAUGUAAACCAAUCAAUGGACCAUACCUGACACGUCUUAGAGGAAAUUCUGUCGAGCUGAAUGUACCCUUGUCAGUAACAUUGGCUCAUCGACAAGGGGACGACUUUUACCACGAAGAACUAGGAGCUAUUCGUGACGAAAGGAGGCUUCUUCAAAGUGGUCAAGAUUACGAAGCAACGGUUGUGCGAAUUCGGCCAAGGCCAUCAACUGUGGAAAAUGAGAUGGCGAUGUGGAAGGUGCUUAGCGCUGUUCCCAUCGAAACCUGGGCACUUCGCAAACAGGAAGAAAAUGCGGUAAAUGUCACUGAACGCUUGAUCGAAAUAGUGAUGCUAGCAGUAUCUCGGUUCACACAAGUGAGGGACAAGAUUCGAAGUUAUGUCCUACGUCAGCGAUCGAAGAUUAGAGGCGCCACCGCGUUUUCCAAGGAGAGCAAAAUAAGGUGGGCCGGACAUGUGAUGCGUUUCAAGGACAAUCGUUGGGCCAGACCCGAGAAACCACUAAGCAACUCUGGCACACGAUUGGGACGAACGGAACUAUUACUGGUGCCCGUUCGAGCAAAUCGACGAACAACGGGAGUCAAGAUGAUCAAGAGUUGGGCUCCUCAUUUUUCACGGAAAGUAAGCAAAGUGAAGAGGCAUUUGCCAGGCAAAGCUCGAUCACAACCUCUUCAACGGAGUGCAAACGCCAUGACUUUUGUUGGACAGUCAGCAAGUGUACAUGAAAGGAAAGAUGACGCAGAUAAUCCAGUUCUUGAUUGUGAAUGUUGCUACAUCGAACCAAAACAUCUUGACAGCAAUGAGCGGCAUUCUGUGACAGCGACGGCUAUGGUUGAGAUGCAAAUGGAAAAAGGACGAUAUCGUGUAUGGUUACUAGAUUACCAUCAAGAUGCUGAUUUCUGCACUUCUCGAACACUUGAACCUGGUCACUUCUUUCAAGGGCGGUUCCGCAUCGGAGGAGGACACAAGGGUAAAUGUCACGACUACAUUAGACAGAUGCAAAAACUGCACGAUGGCCAUUUCUGUCCCGAAACAAAUGAGGUUGAGCUCUACGUUACCGCUUUGCACACCAACAGGAAACGUGGAGGUCACUACGAAGUAUAUCACAAUUGCCUUGGUUAUGUGUUGGACACUUCCAAUCUCCUGAAAACAACUGAAUGCGAAACACGCGUAUCGAUUACUGCGAGGAGGAAGCGUUUCGCUCCAGAAGGUGGAAAACUUCUUUGGCAAAUCGUUGAAGUGUCAUCUUCCACAAAAUGA